AGAGUGAAUCUGCAUUUUGCUUUACAAUUUCCAUCACCACUACUCUUAUCCGAAGCAAAUUCACCGCCACGUUUAGUAUUGCUUUUUCUACUCAAUUUGUUACCAGAAUGCACAUCUGAGAUCUCUGUAUUUACAAACAAAUCAAGCUUCUGGUUUAGCUCAUUCGUGUGAAAAUGAGUGUGACGUCAGAGGACGAGUCUGAAGAGAGAUGCGGGAGCUACAGCCUGAGUGCUGAUAUCAGUGAAUCGGAAUUUUCAAAUAGCGGCUCAUCGUGUCGGCGGUACAAGGUAGAGGAGGAAAACGGAAGCGCCUCGAGUUCAGGAGCCUUGUCGCCGAUCUCAGCUGUUGCUAGCUCGGGGAUUCCGGCCCCGGUUGUGCGGCCUUUCAUGUUCCCGCUGAUUGGCGGGAAGGAUGCGGUAGUCUGGGAUAAGAAGCCGCAGAAGUGCGACGCCGAUUUGUCAGAUAUUGAGAUGAUGAAGGAGAGAUUUGCUAAGCUUCUUCUUGGUGAAGACAUGUCUGGGGGAGGUAAAGGAGUUUGCACUGCACUCGCCAUAUCAAAUGCCAUUACUAAUCUCUCUGCAACUGUGUUUGGCGAAUUGUGGAGGUUGGAGCCAAUGGCACCUCAGAAGAAGACAAUGUGGUGCAGAGAGAUGGAAUGGUUGUUAUCUGUUAGUGAUUCAAUUGUGGAACUAGUGCCCUCUAUACAGCCAUUUCCCGGUGGAGGCACAUAUGAAGUAAUGGCAACAAGGCCACGAUCUGAUUUGUAUAUGAGUUUACCAGCACUCAAGAAACUCGAUGCUAUGUUGAUAAGCAUUCUUGACGGAUUUCGUGAUACAGAGUUUUGGUAUGUUGAUCGUGGGAUAGUUGUGGAUGAGUGUGAGAAGUAUUCUUCAGCGGUAUCUGGUGGCAGGCCUUCUAUUAGACAGGAAGAGAAGUGGUGGCUCCCUUACCCAAAAGUUCCUCCAAAGGGAUUGUCAGAUGAUAUGAGGAAGAGACUACAGCAGUGCCGUGAUUGCACAAACCAGAUAUUGAAGGCAGCUUUGGCCAUAAAUGGCAAUGUUCUUGCUGAGAUGGAGAUUCCUGAUGCCUAUUUGGAAACAUUGCCCAAGAAUGGAAGAGAUUGUUUGGGUCAUACCAUCUACCGAUACAUAACUGCUGAUCAAUUCUCACCAGGGUGUCUGCUUGAUUGCCUGGAUUUGUCAUCCGAGCAUCACACACUAAAUGUGGUAAACAGAAUUGAGGCAGCUGUGCAUGUAUGGAAGCUGAAAGAAAGAAAGAAAGAGCCAAACCUUAAGAAAUCUAAGCGCAAGACAUGGGGUGGUAAGAUGAAGGGCCUUGUUAUUGACGGUGAAAAGAACCAAUGUCUGGUACAGCGAGCUGAAACCUUACUGCACAGCCUAAGAGUUCGGUUUCCCGGUCUCCCGCAAACUGCACUGGACAUGAACAAGAUCCAGUAUAACAAGGAUGUCGGGCAGUCGAUUCUAGAAAGCUAUUCAAGGGUAAUGGAGAGCUUGGCGUUCAACAUAAUGGCGAGGAUCGACGAUGUUUUGUAUGUAGACGAUGCUACCAAACGCUGUGCUGCAGCGGAGUCCUUGUCAGUUUUCAACAGAGGAGGUUUAAAUGGACUUCCUAUCCAAAAGAAGAUGUCACCAAGUCCCUUUUCAAUUCUGCACACCCCAUAUACCUCUUCGUUUGCAACUCCAACAUUUUGUUCAUCUCCGCCAUUAGCCAGUAGCCAAAGGAGGUCUGUUUCCCCACAAACUGACUGCGAUAGAGUAUGGUCAUUUGCUGGAAAUCUUAGUGCUAGAAGAGUUUCUCGGGAUGCCUCGGAGCGUGACUGAUUCAAUUUCGUGGAUAAAGGCUGUUAGGAGUACUAAAAUCCGGAAAUUGGUAAUUUCAUAUUACCAUGUAUAUUAUGGCAUAGGUAUAUUUUGACAGUGGUUUAACUGAAUCUAGUUAAUAUUGGCUUACGCUGGUUUUAUUUAUAUAUGUAAUUAAUUUAGGUAUCCUAAUUUAUGGAUUAAGGUUCAAUUAUCCUUUGGGCACUUGAAUCGGCAAAGAAAUCUUAAAUGGAGGAAAUUCUCUGGAAAUUUCAACUU